AUGGUACUCGUCGCAAGGGUGGUCGUCGUGGUCGCAGACUGUGAUCGAUUUCCGCACCCUUACCAACGCACAGAUCCAUUUUCCCCCUCCGGCCCACGUCUUCUCAAGUCUAUCCCAGCAGACUUCUUCUCAUGUCGUACCAAGCCUUCUUGUCAAGCUCGGCUCACGUCAUACUACCCCAAAUUCUACACAAGCCGCAAAGUGCAAAGCCUUUUCAUGUUCGCGUUUCGUUCACCUACAAAAUUACAUCCUCGCCGAGAGGUGGGCACUCUGCGUCACAAGAGUCCCCGACCCUCACCCAUGUACCAGCACAGUACGGGUUAA